AACUAUACGGAUUUCUUUAGUUUUCUUCCAAUCACAUGACAGAUUGUAAACUUCCGGUGAAUCCGGUCAAUUAGCAGACACUAAUUUUUCAUUAAAUUCUCAUUAAAAUGGCUAGUCAGCCACCGUUCGACAGCGUAAAACUGAAUAUUGAUGACAUAGAAAAAGGGGCGCAGGUUGCAACAUCACUGCUGCAGCAGCGAGCCAAUGAUGUGCGGAAUAACAGGGUCAACUGGCAGUCAUAUCUGCAGGGUCAGAUGAUAUCAAAGGAGGACUUUGAGUUCAUCUCCUUGUUUGACAACGGCAAUGUAGACCAGCGGGCAGCUAUGCUUCACGAUCAGGCUGGGAAAACGCAGUUUGCAAAGACAUUCUUCAACGUGAUGAGCCACAUAGCCAAGGACCAGACCCUUCAGUACAUCCUUACCAUGCUAGAUGACAGUUUACAGGAGGACAAGAGUCGUGUGGAGCUACUUAAACAGUAUUCGAAGAAGAACAAGGAGUCAGUUUGGACCCCGUUUCUACACCUCCUUGACAGAAAUGACAGAUUCAUUGUGAACCAGACAAGCCGCAUCAUUGCCAAGAUUGCCUGCUGGGGGAAGGAUGUCAUGGAUCCUGCAGAUCUCAAGUUCUACCUCAACUGGCUCAAGGAGCAGCUUGUGUUGAAGGGUAACGAGUACCUGCAGACAGCAGCCAGGUGCUUGCAGAUGAUGCUGCGUGUAGAUGAGUACAGGCACAUGUUUGUGCAGGUGGAAGGCGUAGCAACCAUUGUGUUGGUGUUAGACUCCAGCAAGAUGGGCUUCCAGAUUCAGUACCAGCUCAGCUUCUGUCUAUGGUGCCUAACCUUCAAUUCAACACUUCUGGAAAGAAUUAACAAACAGUACAACAUCAUCCCUAUCCUGUCUGACCUUCUUAGUGACACUGUCAAGGAGAAAGUAUCCAGAAUCAUUCUAGCAACGUUCAGGAACAUGUUAGAGAAGCCAGAAGAGAGGGAGACAGUCCAGGAAAACGCCCUCGCCAUGGUGCAAUGCAAGGUGCUCAAGCAGUUGGAGCUCCUUGAGGCCAGAAAGUUUGAUGAUCCAGACAUUGUCGAGGAUCUGGCCUAUCUGACAGAGAAACUGCAAGAGUCUGUGCAGGACCUUAGCUCUUUUGAUGAGUACCAUACCGAGAUAAAGUCUGGAAGACUGGAAUGGAGUCCUGUACACAAGAGCGAUCGAUUUUGGAGAGAAAAUGCAAUUCGCCUCAAUGAGAAGAACUACGAACUCCUUAAGAUUUUAGUCCGCCUUCUGGAGGGCAGCAGAGAUCCGCUGAUACUAUCGGUAGCAGCACAUGACAUUGGGGAGUAUGUGAGAUAUUACCCCAGGGGAAAGAAUGUGAUCGAGCAGUUGGGGGCCAAACAGCUGGUGAUGACCUAUUUGACGCACGAAGACCCGAACGUCAGAUAUGAAGCUUUGAUAGCUGUACAGAAGCUGAUGGUUCACAAUUGGGAAUAUCUUGGCAAACAGAUAUCUCAGGCGAAUCAGGAAGAGGGUCCUGGGGUUGUACAGGCCAAGGCAUAGACCUUUAUAGUUAUUUUGAGGCAUUCCAUUGUUAUAUCUGAAGAAAGUGUAGCCUGAUAUUGACCUUUGACAAUUUAUUAACAAAAUAUAGUUACAGUGAAAAAAUAGUAUAUGCACUGUUAUGAAAUAAAAAUGAAGUAAAAAAUAUCAAACUAAAAUACAUGUUAUGGACAGAUUUUAAGUCUUGUAAAACCUCCAAUAACACUGUUGAGUUUGAGUAUCAAACAUCCAAAUGUUUACUAAUUGUUUAUUACAAACAGAUUAAUGAUGUUGUGAAUAUGGUGUUUUGCUUUCUAGAAAAAUGUGUUUGAUAAUUUUCCAGUUAAGUUGAAUGCAGAUCGAAAAAAAAAGGCAAGUAAUGGUUGUAAUAUUCACUAAAUAACUUUGUGGUUAUAAGUUGUUAACUGUAGUCAGGGAACCUAGUCAGUAUGUGGCAUACACAAGAACUACUGGCACUUUAAUAUAUUUCGUAUUCUAGAAAGAUAUAUUGUUCACUUUCUAUAAUGCCAAUGUCUUUAGAUGUACUUUGUCGGUCAUUUUCCUUUUUGGCAAUUUUUAGUUUAUUGCAGUCAAGUGAUUAGAAUACUAUCUUAAAUAGAUGAAUCAUGUCAACUAGUCAAACGUUCAAUUGUACAUGCAAGGAUUUUAGAAUUUCCAAAGUUUCAUUCAUGAUACAUCUUCGUGCACAAAUAAAUCCAGACAUGAAAAUCAUUGUUUUCAUAACAACACUUGUGUUCGCUAUUCAUAUUUAUGACACUUGUGUCAUGUACAUGCAUUUUCACUGAAUGUUUUUUUUAAAUUUUUGAAUUUGUGCUCUUAAAGUAUAUCCGGAAUUAUGAAUAUUUUGCAAAAAUGUUGCAUCAGUUUGCCAUUGUGCGUACUUAUAUGGUAAUAAUUUUAUUUGUGUACAUAUAUAGUUGCAAGAGGGUAUUUGUUUAUUGCGUAAUUGUGAUGUUUUAUUUGUAUAUUUUGAAAACCAAUGUUUAAACAAGAGUUAAUUUGUAUUAGAACAAUUUAAUUACAAAAGAAAUAUAA